AGAUCUACGAAAUUCGGCCAACUUUGGACUUCGGGAACUUGUGCUGUUCGUUUUAUCGGCGAAUUCCGCUUCGGAAGAAGGUAAUUUGUUUCUGAAUUCUCCUUUUUUCUUCGUUUUUCCUUCUACCCCUCAAUCUCAACCCUAGACCGAGAAUUCGCGGCCAUGGCAAAGAAUAGGGGCAAGAGCAAGUUCGUCGUUGGUUCCUCUAGUGAGAGGGAGAACGUGCCUUCGGGAAGGUUACCGAAAACUUCGAGGGGUCGGCCUUCGGAGAGGCCAGUGGAGAGGCGUUCGACUGGUUGGGAUGCUUCGAAAGAUGAUGUUGUUGGCGGGUCUAGCGUGUCUGAACGCGCAACUUCUGGUAAAAAGGCUGGCUCUUCGGGUGUGCGCCGCUCCUACCCUGAGUUUCCAGUUCAUUGGACUGAAGCUGAUCCGCAGGGUAAGUAUGCCCCGAUUCUGCAUGAGACCACUAAGAUCGAUGGUCCCUUGGAAAAAUCGGUCAGUGGUGACUGGUUGGUGGAGGCGAAGCUGGGGCAUUACCAUCGGAGGGCCGAAGAGUUAUACGGAAUCCAGCACGCCUUGGGGUACUGGUGCGAGCUUCCCGACCAGGAGCGUCCUCGGGUGACUCAUCCGCCGAGGGGGUUCAUCUCUGUGUAUACUCAUCAUUUGGAGAACGGCCUCCGCUUUCCUUUGGAUCCCUUCAUAUCCGAGCUCCUGGUGUCGUAUAACAUCAGUUUGGCCCAGCUUACCCCCAAAUCUAUGAGGCACAUCAUCGGAUUUAGAUGGGUGUGCGAUUUUAUUAACUUUCCAUGCUCUGUUGCCGUGUUUCGGGAUCUGCACGAUCUGUCUUUCAACCACGCUUCCAAGGGGGAUGGGUAUGGUUGGUGGACCAUUAUCAACAAAAGAUCCCGAAGAAAGGGGGAGCCGAACUAUAUUACGGCCUACCCUUACCUCAGCUCUGAUCAUAACUGGAAGACGGAGUGGUUGUUCGUUCGUGUGCCGACAGAUCCGAAGCAUCCACAUUUUUACCGCCCUCCGAAGUGGUUUGUGACUCCUGAUCCUGAUAUGCGAAGCGUGGCUGCUCCGGAUCGGAACCAUCACCACUACGUGGAUCUCCUCCAGUGGUUUUUGGCUCGGGAGGACAACUACAAAUUGCCGUCCAACUGGCUCCCGAACCUCAACUAUAUCUUGCGGGAGGACAUUCUUGCUGUUGCCGGUCUCAGCAGGAUUUUUGACAGGGAGUACGGCUUCAGCUGCGUUGAUCCUGUGGUCUUGGGUAUUUCUUUGGAUCUGAAGACCAUUCACGACUCGGCCCCUGAUUAUAAGUUCGGGAAGGAGAAUCCUCGUAAUCCUCGCUUGAAGGAUUACGUGCUGUCUCCGUCGGGUGUCGCUCGGAUAUCUGAAGUUCGAGCUGAUCCGUGGGAUUCUGCCUCUUCUCCCGAAGCUGUUCCAGUGAAAGUCGUGCUCCCUGAUUUGAGGACAACCUCGGAUCCGGGUCCUGGGACUGACGCUGUGCCGCGUGCCGUUCCUUCGGUUUCAUCUCCGGCUCGGAUAGAUAUCUCUUUAUCUAGGAACCGGGAUCAGCGCAAAAGGAAGAGCAGCACUCUUUUGAGGCCUUCUGCGCAUCCGAAGAAGGCGAAAGCUGAUCAGUCUUCGGAGAAGGAAGUGGUUUCGGAAGUCAUGCCUCCUCCCAAAAACCUCCUUCACUUCAUGCCCUUGCCCGGGCAGAAGUUGAAGAGUGUGGUGGUUGUGGAACCGCCUCCCGUGGACCAACCGCUGGCUGAGGAAGAUACCAUCCCUUCUCCGCUGAAGCCGUCUGCUGCUUUAGGGAUCGAGAUCCAGGAUAUAACCAAGGUGAUGGAGGCAAUUGAAGCCGACCUUGUUCCUGGCUCGGAUGUCCCUAUUGUGGCCGAGCAGAAGGAAGAAGCUGCUGACGUUUCUCUCGAAAGGGAGAAAAGUCCGGAUAAGGAGAUGGUGGAUCUCACCGAAGCUCACGUAGAGGUUCCCGAAGCUGAGAAGGAGGAACCCGAGCAGGGUCUGACGAGGAAGAGGCGUCAUUCGACCUUGGGCUCCACUUCGACCUCGGCCCUGGAUAGACUGAUCCACGCUGACCCUUGCUCGGAUGUUCCGCUGAAACGGAUCCCCGAGGAGGUAAGGGAAGCGAUGGCUCGCUAUGCCAGAGCUCCGGUUUUGGGGGAGAACCCCAUGGCUCACGUGGGAUCUUUGGUGGGUCCCGAAGCUGCACGGGAGAAUCUUCUUCGGGCCAACCCGCAGUGGAGGGUUCCUGGAGCUGAGGAGAGGAACCCAGCUAUGAUGGCCCAAUAUUAUCUGAAUGAGGCUGUUUUCUGGUCCUCGUUCGCUUCCGAGUGUAGCUCGGUUGAGGAAAGGCAGCUGAGGAGGUAUCAGGAGGCUUAUGCUCGUGAUAUCCCUGUCUUGGACCAGAAGGCUGGGCAGCUCAUGGCCGAGAUGGUGGACCUCAAGCAACUGUACCUUCAGUACAGUCGUGAGGCUAGGGAAGCGGCGGAACAGAUCGGGGCCGAAGUUGGGAGGCUCACUUUCCAAGUUGAAGAGGAUGCUGAAAAGAUAGCUUCCUUCGACAGGGAGAGGAAAGAAAUGGCCGCCAAGUUUGCGAGCGAACUUGAAGAAAAAGACAGUCUUCUCAAGGAGAUGACGUCUAAAUUUGAGGCGGCCAUUAAGCAGAGCCAGGAAGCGGAGGCGAGGCUUCAGCAGUUUAUCAAGCACCGGGAGAUUGUUCAGAAUCAAGCUGACAAGGUGCCCGUUCUCCAGCUGAAGAUCCGAGAGAAAGAUGCUGCCAUUCGGAAGUUGGAGCAAGAGAGAGUUGACCUCUACACUGCUGAUCAGUGUAGAGAGCAAUACUGGAAUGGCAUCCUGGGUGCUCGGCGGAUGUUCGCGAAGCACAUGCCUCAUUUCCCUUGGAAUGAGAAGGUUCCGCUCUGGAUGAGGGCCCAGGAUCACUUGGUGGAGUGCCAGGCCGAUCGAGACGAAGCUGAAGCUGAACGCCAAGCUGCUCUUGCAGAGGCUCGGGCCCAGAAGGCGGCUUCCGAAGGUGAUACUACUGCUGGGGGUUCUUCGAAGGAUGCUCCUCUGGGGGAUGCUCCUGAGACUCCCAGGAGCUAGGGAUUCGGGCAGUCGUCUUCUUCAGAGUCGGUCGGUUCCAGUUGAGGACUUCCGAACAUGUGCUUGCCUUUCCCCCCUUUUGCCUCGGCGCUGCGUUGUACUUAUUUCUUUUUUGUUUUCUUUAGUACUUCGGUAGGCCGGUAUUGUCUGUUGAUGGCUGCCGAUUUUAACUUGUUUCAUUUUGUUUUCAAUUUUUGAGGUUUUUCGAUGUAUUUGUACUUCCCCCAAAUAUUGAAUAAAAAAUGAAUGUUUGUUACUUGGCUGCUUCUUUUCAACUUGUUCUUUCGCAAUUUUUAGGUCUUUAAAUCCGUAGAUUUCUCGAGCUCCUCUUUCUGUAGACUUGCUAAAAACCUUUUGACCUUGCGAGCUCUUUAGAUCCGUAGAUCUGUUAAGAGACUUUUUAACCUUUGCGAGUUCUUCAAAUCCGUAGAUCUGCUAAGAGGCUCUUUGACUUUGCGAGUUCUUCAAAUCCGUAGAU